UGCGUUAUCCGCAGCCAGAUUUCACUAACUCCAAAAAUGUUUCUUGAUUUUCGAUUAGAAACGCGGUUUCUAAUUGACAUGACAUUCUGAUCCCUUAAAUUCCCUGGUGCUAACACAUUAUCGAGAGGCUACGGUAUAUACAGGCUGUUAAUUUGACUUUGACCUAAGGCGGCAUUUGAUUAAGGAGAUCCGUGUAGAGAUUACCUGCAAAUCCUGCAAUUAUGGAAUCCGUGGAAAGUGUUCGAGAGGAAGUGCUUGUUACUACCUCUCCCACAACAAAAAAGGUGUCCCACUCCGAUAGUGAGGACCGUCGCGAACAAUUGGACCGCGAACGCGAGCAGGACGAACUCGCCGCCAUGAAACCGGAGUCCCCGUACAAAUCCAGCGACGAGACCCGUAUCCGCAAGGAGAACCUGGACCGUGACUACGACUACACGGAGACCACCAAGCGCCAGAAAACGGACACCACCCCGGAGUCUCCGUACAAAAUGAGCGACGAGACGCGCUCCCGUCCGGAAAAUCUGCAGCGGGACUUUGAGUACGAGGAUGCCGAAUGGGUGCCGCCGGCGAAAGCAGAAAGUGGUCGGCUCACCCCCGAAGAACCGUACAAGGUCACCGAGGAGACUCGGGCGCGUCGGGAGAAUUUGGAGAAGGACUACGAGUAUCCAGAGGAGGAUCCCACUCUGACACCGGAGUCACCGUAUAAGACCAAUGAAGAAGAGAAAACCUGGGAUACCGCCAAAAAGAAGCUGGAAAGCGAAUAAUCCAACUAUGCAGCCGCGAGGAUAGGCUGGUUUCUCAUGCCAAAAAUGAUAUCAAAAUAUCAUGAUUUUGUAUAUAUAAAUUGUAAUGGGCACUCAAUCAUAGGAAAAUACUUCCAUUUUAUAUGUCUUGCGAGUUUACUCUUUAUGCAGCAUAUCAAGCAGCGCGGAAGUCAUGUACUUAUCAAGGCCGAUUUGCAUUUACUGUAAUUUUCAAAUGCUUACAAUUUCAUGCACGUGUCAUACGUAUAUAAUUUGCAAUUUUUACUAUGCUUUUGGCGUGUAUGAAAUAUUUGUGCUCAUACUGAAUUUUAUUUCCGCGGAAAUUCAUUUAUUCACAACAAUGAACUGUAUGGACAAAAUGGAGUCCAUUAGGCAGG